AUGACAUAUGAAGCAUUCAUAGAAAAAAGGAAUUUCUCCACAGUGAGCCAAUUUAUUCUUUUGGGCUUUUCUGACCUUCCAGAGCUUCAAGGUUUAUUAUUUGGAAUUUUCUCCAUCAUUUAUUUAAUUAUCAUAAUGGGAAAUAGCCUUAUAAUUAUAAUAACCAGCCUUGACCCUGCAUUACAGAAACCAAUGUAUUUUUUCCUGGCAAAUUUUUCCUCAUUGGAAAUUUGUUAUGUGUCAGUCACUCUUCCCAGAAUUCUGAAGAACUUGUGGACUCAGGAUAGAAGCAUUUCUACACUGGACUGUGCCACCCAAAUGUGCUUCUUUCUUAUACUGGGAGCCACAGAGUGUUUUCUUCUGGCUGUCAUGUCCUAUGACCGCUAUGUGGCCAUUUGUAACCCUCUGCACUAUCCUCUAGUCAUGAACCACAAGGUGUGUGUCCAGCUGGCUGUUGGCUCCUGGAUCGGUGGAAUUCCAGUUCAGAUAGGGCAAACCUGUCAGAUAUUCUCUCUGGAUUUUUGUAAAUCCAAUAAAAUUAAGCACUUCUUCUGUGACAUCCCUCCUAUUCUCAAUCUCGCCUGUGGAAAUACUUUUGUGCACGAGAUCUCUGUCUAUUUAGUGGCUCUGCUCUUCGUUGCAGUUCCUUUCAUCUUAAUACUUGUCUCUUAUAGCAAAAUCAUAUGCACCAUUCUGCAGUUGCCAACAGCUACAGGACGGGCCAAAGCCUUCUCGACUUGUUCUUCCCAUUUGGUGGUUGUGCUUUUAUUUUUUGGAUCUGCUACCAUCACCUACCUAAGACCUAAAUCGACACAUUCUGCAGGGAUUGAUAAACUGUUGUCUCUUUUCUACACCAUAGUAACUCCAAUGUUUAAUCCAAUGAUAUACAGUCUUCGGAACAAAGAUGUAGUUGCAGCACUGAGAAAGUUAUUCCUUAAAAGAUAG